GUUGAACGUGCAAAAUGAAAAAUUGACUUGUCAAAUACCCUGUUUGUUGUUGGUUUCUGUUUCAUUUGAAUGUUUAAUACAUGUCAAAGGGCCAUACUAGUUCGCCUUCUAGCCUCUGUUUGGCUCCAUGAAUUGUCCAUUGGAGAAGUGACAUAAGGAUACAAAAUCUGGACGUUGGAGAACAUUGAGCAAGUGUGAGCAAGGCUUCCUCUAUGGUGAGACACGGGGUCAGUAUCGACACUGCAAUUAGUUUGAUCGUUGGAUCCACCCACACAUGGCCAGUGCAUGAAUUAAGGAUAAAUAUUCACAGCGGGAGAGCAGAUAGACGCACCGAGCACAGACCCUCGAGCAUCAGCCGUCCUCUCCUCGCUCCGUACGGGGGCUUUUGGCCGACCAACUGCGUCAAAUCGUGUUUAUGUGGGCAGCACAUGUUGCUAAAUUGUGUUUUUGCACGAGGUCGUGGUACUACCAGCGAACACUUGUUAGACUCUAGUGGAUUCACGCAGAUGUAGGUUCCGAGGCACGGACGAUUCAACCCGAAAGGCAUAGUCCCAGGUCGACACCCAGGCCGUACUCAAGGCCAUCCGAACCCACCAGGUUGCCCGAUAGUCUCGCUCUGCCGAUCAACCUAUGAACGAACACACUCUUUGAUCACAGACUUACGGAUAACGCUCCGAUCCACCAGGGAAUCAAAAACCUGCACUGCUUUCCGAAAUACAGAUCGAUGAAGGAAACUUCUUCAAGCUGAGUCUUGUUGGAAGUUGGAUUUGAGAGGGCUUGGGUUCGUCACCCGAUAAGGAAUGUUACUAGAGAAGAUGAGCGAAGUGGACGUCCACUCAACGUCCGCAGACAGGGACCGGAAGCCAAAUGAAAAGCUCGAGAAGGAGAUAAGUGUUCUCCACAACAGAUUGCGAGAAGCUCAUGGUAUUAUUGAUGACAUGGGGAAGCAGAUGGAGCUUCAGAAGACAAGGACAAGACAACUUAUUGCCGGCUGGAAGAUACGUCUAGAAGAAGGGGAUGAGAAGGUCUUGAAGUGCUCAAGAGAGAAGGAUACACAGUUUACUGACCUCGUCUCAGAGCUCAUGUUUAUUGAAGGAUGCCUGAAGAAGGAAAGGAAGGAGAUCGUUGAGAAGUUAUCCAAGAAGGAUUCCAAGAUCAAGGAGCUGGAGACUACGGUCAGGAAGCAGCAGAGACAGAUUGAUGCUCUGAAUAAAGCCAAUGAGAAGCUCCUUGGAAGCUUGCAUGACAUGAGCCUGGAGUCACCAGACACUUCACCCUUCACCUCACCACGCCCCUCGCCCCCACCCUCACCCAUCCCCGAAUACCAUCCAGACCAAACUCAUGAGAAUGGUAGAGGUGGUCACAACCCUCACAUGGACCAAUUCAUGGAGAUGAGGUCAUCACCUAGACACCGGGCUAGCACGGUGGGGUUCAUGCCUUCCAGACGGCGAAAAGGAUUCCCAAAUGGUUCGAUUCUAGCCACUAACAACAAUGAGCCACCUCAGAACUCACAUCCCCAUCCUCCUCACCGAGUCCGCUUCCAAGAUGAAGUCUUCGAGGAGGAAGAACCAACAGACAGUCAGUUCAGUAUUGAACCAACAGACCCAAGAAUCCGACGGAAGAUCUCACUGCCUGCUUACAGACUUCCCACAGAUGAUGAGGACAGUAUACGAUUCUUCUAACUUGACCUUUCACCUUUGACCCCGGGUUGUUUACAUGAGCCACAUUCCUGUGGAUAAAGUUUAUUUAUUUUACAUGUUCACAGUUAUGGUUAUGAACACAUGUGAUGCGUGAUGCUGUGUUGUUUACACAGUUGUGACUCCUGUUUUCAUAAAAUGAACAGGACAACGGCAAGCUAUCAGUCCAAUGGGCUAUUUUUAUGUAUUUUUGACAAUGACCAUUUUGAAAUUUUUUUAUUUUGUAUUACCCAUACACCGAUGUGU